UACUAUUUUAUGAAAAAAUGAAGGGUGUAAAUUUAUUAUGGCUAAUACUUAUCGUAAUCAUCAGUUCAUAUCUUUCGAACAAGUGCGUCGGUGAUGAAUCCGCAGACUGUCAAGUCUUGAACGUUGUUUAUACUGGAAAGCAACCAGAGUGCAAUCGAUUCACUACCACCUUCGAAUCCUUCUUCCUCCUCGUUGAUGAAGAGUAUUGGAUGAGGGCAUCGAGAAAUUCAAAAUUCCAAGACAACAUCUCACUCUCGAUGUACCGCUACUACAUGGCUCAGCAUUUGUAUUCUAGACUAGUGGAAAUUCGAGUGUCGAAAAAUUUGGCUAAUCAUAAGGAGAAGGAGUAUUUCCUUCGUGUUCGAUCACUCGCACCCAUAGUGCCCCUCGCCAUCAUCAGCUACUUGAAUUCAAUAGGUGACGUGAUCCUGGUGGAAUAUGGCAAAUUUCUAAGCUAUGAAUUUCCCAUUUGGCCAAAUGAUGACGGUGACUUCGAGCGUGUGAGCAGCAAAAACCACUGGAAGUACAUGUCCUUCCCGGCACCAGUAGUGGUGGCACAGGCGAUUCAAGAGGAUUUAAUUAUGGAGAUGAAAGGUAGUACCAACUGGAACUUGAAAGCCCACCUGAUACCACCUUUUGAGGACGGCAAUCCAGGACUUCCAACUGCUAAUCUGCUGGGAUGGAAACCAGCUACUGUUCUGACCACUGAUCAACGUCAAAAACUACAUCUGAGUGGAAUCAAUCAGUACCAGUUCGAAGUGCUCAACUCGCAGUUUCAGCUCAACGCAAAACUCAUGAAGAUUAUUUACAAAUAUCUUUUAGCAAAUCCAAUCGCAACCGCUAACAUUACUGAGCAAUAUGAACCAAGAAAAUCGCCGAAUAUAGGGACUAAGGUACAGAUCGGCUGGCUAGAGCGUGUUGGAGACACUAAAUACCCGGGUGGGCGGACUAUUGCGUCCGUAGAGAGAACCAUGUUAGUGAGAAAGCCCUUAGAAUUAAUGGAAGAACGCUCCCAAAUUUUUUCGUUCAGAGUUAACAAAGUGGGAAGUGAUGAUUGGGCUAUUUAUGGCUGGAAUGACUAUAAUGACGUUCCUCAAAGUUGGAAAGAAACGAAAAAUUCGGUUUAUGAAUUCGCUAACUUUAAUCGAAAUAUUCUGUGUGAUACUACCGGACUGAUAGACUAUAGGGAUGGGGAUAGAGCUAAAUUUUUGGAAGAAUUAUAUUCUUGAGUAUUGAGUUAUUGAAAAAUCACCUCUUUCAUAUUAAGGAGAAAAAUGUCUCAAUAAAAUCAAUAUUUUUUCAAUACGAA